UCUCCGAGCAGAAUCUUACCAGCUUACGAAUAGUCACUAAACAUGGCUGAUAUUAUAUAUUCAAGUGUAAACAACGAAGUAUCUGACAUUCUGAAUAAGUGUUUUGUUACCAGCUUUCGAAACGGAUAUAUUAAAGCUAAUGAUGUGGUGUUGCCUGUGUACUUCAAGAAAUUUGGACAGCGUAUACAGGACAUGGAAAUCAGAGACGAUGAUAUUUGGGUUUGCAGUUAUCCAAAAACAGGAACCACGUGGUGCCAAGAGAUGACGUGGUGCAUUGCAAAUGAUUUGGACUUCGAAGGUGCCAAACAAUUUUUGCCCGAAAGAUUUCCAUUUUUAGAUCACACACCACUAUUUGACUAUGAAAAAGUGCUGCCAGAAAAACCAGAUCUCAAGCUACCGUUGUAUGUGUCUGAUUCGAUUACGUUCAUAAAUGAAUUAAAAUCUCCGAGAUUUAUCAAGACACAUUUACCUUACAAACUUCUACCAAAAAAACUUAGAGACCAAAGUACCAAAGCAAAAAUAGUUUACGUGGCCAGAAACCCAAAAGACACUUGCCUUUCAUAUUUUCAUCAUUGUUGUUUGUUAGAAGGAUAUACUGGAAAUUUCGAAGAUUUUUGUAAACUGUUUACCUCUGAUUCCCUCUGCUUUAGCCCAUUUUUUGAUCACAUCCUUGGCUACUGGAACCGAAGAGACGAUUCGCGGGUACUUUUUUUGAAGUACGAAGACAUGAAACAGGAUCUACGUUCGGUUAUUCGUCGAACAGCUCAAUUUUUAGGCAAAGAUUUAAUUGAAGAUCAGGUAUUGGCUUUGGAAGACCAUCUAAGUUUCGAAAGUAUGAAGAACAACAGAGCUGUCAAUUAUGAGCCAGUUAUAGAGAUUAAUAAAACUCACAAUUUAAUUGACGCUAACGGAAGUUUUAUGAGAAGUGGUAUAGUGGGAGGAGGAAAACAAAAAAUGUCACCAGAGUUUAUAAAAAUUUUUGACGAAUGGGAAGAGAAAUGCUUAGAGAAAAGUGGAUUAAAGUUUUAAUUAAAUUUAUUAAGUAUAGCAUGUAUUAUAUUAUUUUUAUCGCUAGUAAUUAUUUAUAAAAAAAAAUGUAUUAUGGUGUUAGGUAUUUAAUGUAAAGAUUUAAAACAAAACUAAUGAUUAAUUCGGUAUUAUUCUAUUGCUCUCGUUGCUAAUUCAACUUUGUAUUCAUAAUUUUUACAAGGAUAAUUUCUGGAUAGUUCAAUUAC